AUGGCUUCUCUGAGCCUGGGGGGGCUGAGCGUGAACCGUGGCGGCGGCAGCAGCAGCAGCAGCAGCAGCACCAAGAAGAGCCUGAACGCCCGCAAUGCCGCAGUGGAGAGAAGGAAUCUGAUCACGGUGUGCAGGUUUUCUGUCAAGACCCUGAUUGACCGAUCCUGUUUCGAGACGAUUGACGACUCAUCACCAGAAUUUAACAAUUUUGCUGCUAUUUUGGAACAGAUUCUAAGUCAUCGGCUAAAAGAGAUUUCCCAAAGUUGCAGAUGGCUGGCUCACCUCCAAAUAACUCUUCAAGGUCAAGUAACCUGGUUUGGCUAUGAAAGCCCUCGUAGCUUCUGGGACUAUAUCAGAGUGGCCUGCCGAAAGGUUUCACAGAACUGUAUCUGCAGCAUUGAGAAUAUGGAAAAUGUCAGCUCUUCAAGAGCCAAGGGAAGAGCCUGGAUCAGAGUAGCACUCAUGGAAAAACAUUUAUCCGAAUAUAUCUCCACAGCUCUGAGAGACUUCAAAACAACCAGGAGAUUUUAUGAAGAUGGAGCCAUUGUCUUGGGUGAAGAAGCAAAUAUGCUUGCUGGCAUGCUGCUUGGACUCAAUGCUAUUGAUUUUAGCUUCUGCCUGAAGGGAGAGGGAUUGGAUGGCAACUUCCCAGCUGUCAUAGAUUAUACACCAUAUUUGAAGUUUACCCAAAGUUCCGAUAGCAUCAGCAGUGAUGAAGAAGAAUUAAGGACUUUGGGAAGCAGUGGUAGUGAAAGCAGCACUCCAGAGAACAUUGGUCCUCCUUUCAUCAUGGAUGAAAAUAGUUGGUUCAACAAGUGUAAGAGAGUCAAGCAGAAGUAUCAACUUACCCUGGAACAAAAGGGCUAUCUUGAAGAACUGUUAAGACUGCGAGAGAACCAGCUGGCUGAAUCUGUUUCUCAGAACAAGUUAUUGCUUCAGAGGAUUGAAGAUUCUGAUUUGACCCACAAAUUAGAGAAGGAGCAGUUGGAGUACAUUAUUGUGGAACUGCAGGACCAGCUGACUGUGCUAAAGAAUAAUGAUUUAAGAUCAAGACAAGAGUUAACUACCCACCUCACCAAUCAGUGGCCUUCCCCAGGAGCUCUGGAUGUCAAUGCUGUUGCCUUGGAUACCUUGCUUUACCGAAAACACAAUAAACAGUGGGAUGACAAAAGUUUUCAAAGUCUGGACCAGUUAUCAGCAGAAGUUAGUCUAUCUCAGACAUCUCUGGGUCCAGCCCAUUCACAGGAUGGAGAUGGCAAACAAGACGUGUUAAAUUUACUAAGUGAAGGUAAAGAAGACACUCCCUCAUUACUUGGUCUCUGUGGCUCUCUAACCUCAGUAGCAAGUUAUAAAUCUCUAACAAGCCUGAAAUCAAGUGACUACCUUGCAAGUCCCACCACAGAGAUGACUAGUCCAGGCUUAACUCCAUCUUGAAAAGAGAAUGUGAUGGCCACCAGAAAAGAUGUCUUACGUUGCAUACAUUCAGUCUACAUUCCAUGAGUUUGGCUGCCGGGAAGACAUUAGUCUUAAGCAAAUAGUGAUAUGCUUUUUCAAGAUUUCAUUUAUAUUCUC